AUGGAGACAAAUGAGACACAGGUGACUGAGUUUGUUCUCACGGGACUUACAGACCGUCCAGGGCUGCAGGUGCCCCUGUUCCUGGUGUUCCUUGUGAUCUACCUCAUCACCAUGGUGGGCAACCUUGGCCUGAUUGCUCUCAUCUGGAAGGACCCCCACCUUCACACCCCCAUGUACUUAUUCCUCAUGAUGGAMAGCUGCCUGGAGACUCACUUGCUCAAGAAACGAGGAAAUUGCAUCAURGUGGAUGAGUUAGAACAUGUGGGUGGAGGACAUAUUAGAGAUCCUGAGGUUGACUACAUGAAMAGGAACUGA